UAUAACAAGUUUUACAUAAUAAACGCAAAAUUCCGUAAAAAAAAAAAAUGCAAAUUUUUCUCUACCAAGUAUUUAAUAUAUUACAUUUUUAGGGCUCAAACCCAAUAAUUAUGCUUAAAGUAGAAUAAUCUCGUGUGAGUUACUAGUUCAUUUACUCGUGUUUCAGGGUACAUUAAAAAACACUAGAAGAUUUUCCAAAUUAGAUAUCCUAAUCUCGUUCUCCCUUCUAUCCUAUAUAUCCAUCCACAAGGUCCACGGCAAUAACACAUCCAUAUGCCUUCCUAUAACAUUCUAUUCUUCAUCCUCAUUAGUUUUAUGAGUUUUCCACCUACCAAAACAGAGGACAGUAUUGCUAUUUAUCUACACAAAAUCUGCUCCAACACCACCACAAUCUCCAACAACAGCAGCUCCUUCCAAUUUGAUCUGAGAACCCUCCUCAAUUCACUGUCCUCUAAAGCCACCGGUGACACCCAAUUCUCCAAUGCCUCAGUCAUUGGCAGCACAGACCCAUCUGACUCCGUCUAUGGACUCUUCAUGUGCAGGGGUGACAUCCCCUCUAAACUCUGUCAAAAUUGCAUCAGAGACGCAACCCUGCAACUCUUCUCAGAGUGCUCCUCAUCCAAACAAGCAUUGAUUUGGUAUGAGGAGUGCAUGGUUCGCUUCUCCGAUCGCAAUUUCUUCUCGGCUGUGGAAACACAGCCGAGAAUUAGCUUCUCAAACAGCCUUAACGUCUCAAACUCAGAAAGCUUCAUGCAUUUGGUGUUUGAGACCAUGAAUGCAACUGCAGAUGCAGCGGCAGGUGGUGAUGAGAAGAAGAAGUUUGCCACGAGGGAAGAAGUAACUGUUUCGGAAAAUCAGACUCUUUACUGUCUAGCUCAGUGUACGCCGGACUUGUCGCCGCGUGAUUGCAGAACAUGUCUCAGUAGGGCAAUAGGGGAAUUUGCUAAGUGCUGUGGAGGAAAGCAGGGAGGGAGAGUUAUGUAUCCUAGCUGCAAUGUGAGGUUUGAAUUGAACAAAUUUUACAGGGAUAUUGGUGACAAAGCACAGAGUGCUUCUCCAUUAUCAGGAUCUCCAGAAAUUCAGGAGGAACCGACAGGAGGAACCGAGGAAAUAUUUAAAGCCAGUUUUCACUCUAGUAGAAGAAACAUUGAAGCUGAUAAGAAAAAAAUGACAUCCUACGUACUAAUGUUUGAUUUGAAACCUAGAUAUUUGGUGGCUAUAGCUUCAUCUGAAGAAGCCAAGAUUCUGAAGAACCCAACCUUCUGAAGAAAUCAGAGUUUAAGAAAGCUACGCAGAAGAAUCCAAAUCCUGAGUAAAUUGCAUGCUCAAAGCAAUCAGACACUGAAGACAUUACAUGCAUGCUGAAGUAGUUAACCAAGCAUAAAUAUCAUAUUUGCACUUUCUGUAACUUUUCUUCUUCUCAUUCUCCACAAACUUCUCAUAUCUAAAUAUCAUCUAACUCUCAUUUUCAAUCGAAAUAAAGAAUUUCGUAUAUAUAUGUUUCUACUUGGUAACACAAUUCACUGUUUCCUUUUUCUUUUUUAUUUAUUAAAAACAAUAAGUUAACUAGUUUUAAUUUGAUGAGACUGACUUAAUCAAUGAUUUUUUCAAAAAAAAGUAUUAACUCAAUACAAAUAAUAUUUUGCUUAUCUGAAUUUAGUUUUCAGGAAUAUAUGAAAUGCAAAAUAAUUUAUUUCAAAAUGCUUCAUAUAUAGUCAACAUCAGAAAGUAAUGAAGACAAUAGACACAUUUGUUUGUUCUGCCUCAAAGAAGCAUGCACCCACUCCCGUAUAGAAUUGAGACAAAGUCAUCCACUCAAGAAUUGAGGCACCACUAUGGACAGCUUCAAAUAUUGCAGCACGUACUACCGCUACAUACUAAAAGAACAGCCACAACUUUUGAA